UCCGCUAUAUCAAGAAUAACGUCACACACUCUAAAUAUUACAGAGAACAGUCAAUGAUAGCGUAUGGUAGGGUAACCACAGGAAACUUCCUUACGCACAAUUUGGCUUUGUUAUGGUUCCUCAAUCCUAUAUAAACAAACCCAAUAUAGGGAAUUACAACACAUUCUUACAGAGGCUUUGAAAUCAGUCCGUGUGUCCCUCCAGCAACAGCAGUCAUGAAAUGGACAAAACUCCACACAGGGUCUCUCUUCACAACACUUGCAGUAAUAUUGUUAUGUUGUCUGCCAGACUUUGCUGAUGCAGGUAUGAUACGGGUCAGGGCUCCUAAAAUUAUUGAAGUGAAUAAUGCUACAUCAGGGAAACAAUUAACAGUCUCCUGUAAAGUUGAUCCCGGAUUACUACCAGAUGAAACUCUAGUUUACUGGUUGGUCAAUGAGUCCUUUAUCGAUUCGGCAUUUCCCAAAGGACGAGUGCAAAUGUACACGAAUGACAGUAAUAAGUAUAUCCAGAGUGAUCUGGUGUUUAAAUACAUUAAGCCUCAAGAUUUCCAGAGUAAUUUUACCUGUGUAGCUCUGAGUCCCACUGGAAUGGAUACGAAAUCUGUACUACUGCAUGACAUGAUAAAAAAUACUAAAAGACAUGCAAAAAAAAUGUGCAGUACCAGAAGAUUUUUUAAAAGCCAGUACUGGGGACGAUCUGGCCUGUUGAAAAUCUACAUGAAAAUGUGUUUAUUGACGCUUGAAUGAUCAUGUUCUUAGGGACCUCAACUUGACAUGUUCAAAAUAAUAUUGUGCCUCCUGACCGCUACGCAAAAAUUGUUCAGCAAAAGGCUAAUGUACAAUGAUAUGGAGAUAAAACAAUCCAUAUAGACUUAUUGACUCCUAAGCCACUUUUUACAAUGACUAGUCCAUGCUUUCAUUGGCCAUUAUGUAUCAUCUUUGAAUUAUCUUCAUUUGGGAGAUUUAAGCGCUACAUGUAACUGAUCAGCAUGUCGUGUAAUUAAUUUGAUUAAAGUCUUUAAUCAAUUGAGAACCCUAGUUUUCUAUGUUCUGUACAGUUUCUUUCUGUAACAUGUCACGAAUGUGUGGUGUUGUUUAAUUUAAGUUGCU